AUUGCAAAAAAUAAAAAUAAUGGGGACCCAAUCUUUGAAAUUCAUCAUCAUUACAAAACAACAACUCUUCCCCUUCUUUUUAUAAAACCAUUCCCAUUUCUUCUUCUUCUUCUACCCCCAUUUUCUUUUCCUUUCUCUCCCAUUUCUUCUUCCCCCAUUUCUUCACCAUGUCUCUGUUCCCCUUUGCUUUCCUCUUGCUUUUCUUCCACUUUCUUCCUAAAGCUUACUCUUCCCCUUAUCUUCUUGACAAGAUUUCUUCCUUACCCGGUCAACCCCUUGUUGGAUUUCGUCAUUAUUCUGGCUAUGUUAAUGUUGGUGAUCGUAAUCAGAAGGCUUUGUUUUAUUAUUUUGCUGAAGCCCAAGUCGACCCUCCUUCUAAACCCCUUGUUCUUUGGCUUAAUGGAGGUCCUGGAUGUUCUUCUUUGGGAGUUGGGGCAUUCUCUGAAAAUGGACCGUUUCGGCCUAGAGGGGAGGUUUUGGUUAGGAAUGAGCAUAGUUGGAAUACAGAAGCGAAUAUGUUGUAUUUGGAGACGCCUGUGGGAGUGGGGUUUUCGUAUUCAACUGAUACUUCUUCAUAUGAGGCUGUGGGAGACAAAAUCACAGCAAGAGACAAUCUGGAGUUCUUGGAGAAAUGGUUUGUCAGAUUCCCACAUUACAGAAACCGAAGCUUGUUCAUUACAGGAGAAAGCUAUGCUGGUCAUUAUGUUCCCCAACUGGCAGAGCUUAUGGUCCAAUCUAACAAAACUUCAUUCAACCUCAGGGGCAUUGCUAUUGGCAAUCCUGUUCUAGAAUUUGCUACUGACUUCAACUCAAGGGCUGAGUUCCUUUGGUCACAUGGAUUAAUAUCGGAUUCAACAUUUAAAAUGUUCACGUCAAUGUGCAACUACUCUCGUUAUGUGGGUGAGUACUACAGGGGGUCUGUUUCACCCAUUUGCUCAAGGGUGAUGAGCCAAGUGAGUAAAGAAACCAGUAGAUUUGUUGACAAGUAUGACGUUACCCUUGAUGUGUGCAUAUCGUCUGUGUUCUCUCAAUCCAAAAUCCUCAACCCUCAACAAGUAACCGAGUCGGUUGAUGUCUGUGUGGAGGACGAAACAGUUAACUAUCUCAAUAGGCAAGAUGUACACAAAGCACUUCAUGCACGUCUAGUGGGAGUGAGGCGAUGGGCUGUUUGCAGCAGCAUACUGGAUUAUGAGCUGUUGGACCUAGAGGUGCCGACUAUCAACAUCGUGGGAAAACUGAUCAAUGCUGGAAUACAGGUGUUGGUCUAUAGUGGAGAUCAAGAUUCCGUCAUUCCACUCACAGGUAGUAGAACGCUUGUUCACAAACUGGCCAAAGAGUUGGGACUACAAACAACCGUACCUUAUCGAGUCUGGUUCGAGGGGCAGCAGGUUGGUGGGUGGACUCAAGUUUACGGCAAUAUUCUUUCCUUUGCCACAAUCAGAGGGGCAUCACAUGAAGCACCAUUUUCACAGCCUGAAAGAUCAUUGGUGUUGUUCAAGUCAUUUUUACAAAGUCAGCCUCUACCAGAAGCUUUCUGAUAGAUAAUUCAGGUCGAGCUCGUGAUCGAAGAGAAUGGAGUUCGAUUGCUUAAAUAAUAAUUUGAGAGUGAAAAUUUAUUUCCCAUGUGUAUCAACACUGGAAUGGAAGAUUUUUGUAAAGGUCAUCAGUCAAAAGGAGAAAAUUGUAUUAGAAAAGAGGGACGAACAGCGCUCUUUUUGUCCUGUUUCAUGAAUUCUGUAAAUUCUAUAUCUUGAGUCAUCUUAUUGUGAAAGCUCAUUCGGACAAAAAUGAGAAGCAGUUGGAACUUUGGGAGAAGAAGAGAGUUUCAUUAGCGAUGUAUUUCAGAUUGUACAACAUUUUCUGCCAAGAAUUUUCAUAAUAUUUAACUGUAACUAGAAUGAAA